AUGCGACUAAAGACUGGAAUAACAAUAAACAUUCGAGAGGCGUAUAGGCUGAAGAAGUAUUCAUGCCACGGUAUCCUCCUCGCCAGCUUUCGAGGGGAUUUCCACGACUUUGGGGAGGGUGAAGAGGAGCCACGACGAAGAGGAGGAAGUGCUGUAGAUCGAUCGUUCAGCUGGCACCCUUGA